AGAACUUUGUCGGCAAAACAAAUACAAGUACUACAGUUCUCUUGAAGUCGGAGUCUUUCUCCAUUUCUAACACGUUCUGUUUGUCACUUUUAUUCUCUCCUGCAUUUACGGCCCCCCCUCUGUCUCUCUCUCUCUCUCUCUUUAUCUCUCUGUUUGACUGGAAAACUUUGACAAAUAUAUGGCGGAUGCCUAUUGGAGAUACGGUGACGCACGUCAGCAGCAACAGGCAACGAUUCCAGCUCUCGUCGGAAAACGCCCUCGCUCCGACUACGAUGUCCCUAGUGGCCAUGAGAUUCCCAGUUAUUAUGCCCGUGAUGAUGAUAGAGCAGCUCUCCGUGCAAUUAGAGAUUCAGAAUCCAUUGGUGCAUCCUAUGAUCGAUACCUGCGCAGCGCGCCUAUUUCAUCCUAUAGUGGAGGACAAUCUGCGAGAGCAAUAAGUGGAAUGCAUAGUCGUACUGCUGAUGAUCCACGUGUCGUGGGUAUUGGGAGCUUGGACCCUGGGGCCACUGUAAAAGAGAGGACACUAGGAUUAGGAAGUGGAAGACCUGAGGCCCCCCUUCCUCCAGAUGCUACCAGUACACUGUUUGUAGAGGGCUUGCCCUCUAAUUGUACACGGAGGGAGGUGUCACAUAUCUUUCGUCCUUUUGUUGGCUACAAAGAAGUGAGACUUGUGAGCAAGGAAUCAAGACGUCCUGGGGGGGAUCCGCUGGUACUCUGUUUUGUUGACUUUUUGAGUCCUGCCCAUGCUGCCACUGCAAUGGACGCCUUACAAGGAAUCAGUGAUCUUACACUUGCGGAACUUGAGCUAUGCGCAUAAAAAUCUACACACUGACUAAGCAAAUUACCAAUGGGCUUUCCUAGACUCCCAAUGUGGGUUGUUUACACAAAUGUGGUUUAUUGAUUCUAGCAGUUAAACUUAAUUGUAUUGGGAUGUAAUCAAAUACAUUUCUAACGUCAAAUGCAUUUCCAAUUAUACUAGAAAUGUAUUUGGUUGCCACUAUAUUCUGUUGUGGCUUACCAAACAUAGGCCAUAUGUAUUAACUUAGAAAUUUUUUAAAAAAUGAGUCUCUUGCUUGCUCUGUUUUUAAGUUUAUACAUUCUAUGGCGUAUCUUUUGGGUACUUAUCGGUAGGCUGCUUCUUGGCUAACUUGCAUACGCUUUCUUGAAAGUUUACAGAGUACGUGACGACUGGGUUUUACCAUACUUUUUGAAUUUUAUUCUUUCAUGUCUGUGGAGUGUUUUCGGUAAUGAGACUUGCGUUGGGCUGCCUAAUGCUCAACCAAGUCCAAUCUCUGCGCAUCUCUGCGCUUCUAGCAUGAGAUUUUGUGAAAGUAUGUCUUAUAUUUCACCCAUUUGUUAUAGAUGGAUCUUAUUAUAUCAUCAAUUAUUAUCCUAUUUUACACAUUUUAAGGCGUCUGGGCCUUUAUACCUUGAAGAAGGAUGUUUUGAUUGUCUGACUUGCAUGGCAUUUGUGUUUGGUUAGUGGAUUGCUUCUCUUUUAUUUUGCGAAGAAUUGGAUUGUAAGUGUUUGUACCAAAUCAGUUUAUUCUAAAACUAGUUGUGAUUUCAAGUUUCA